CACUCAUAUAGCUGACCAUGGAUGACCUUUUAAAGGACAAUAUCUGCCUUCCCUUAUCACCUUUUCUAUUGCUCUGACUUGAAAGUACCUUUAUGUUUAUAUAGACGUUUCAAUCCGGGCGUGAGAUAACCAACUUCGUUUAGCUUACUAUACCCUUUCAUAGAUUUUACAAUGACUUCUGGUACUAUUUUUAUUGAGCCUGGUUAUAAAUUUGCAAUGGAAGAAUUGACCGACGAGCCACACAGCGGAAACGAAGCCUCUAUACAGGGCCAGGGCGAGAAUGUAUUUAAUUAUAUAACGGGAUGGAAGUCUCACGUUAUAAUGACAGCGCUAGGUUUUGCACUCUUCCUCGUCAAUCUUGAACUCACCAUUAUCAGCACUGCUCUCGUUUCUAUUACCAACGAUCUCAAAGAUUUCUCAAGGGCUAGCUGGGUGGUUACCGCAUAUUUGAUAAGAUAUACAUCAGGCUUAGUGCUAUGGGCAAAAGUCAGCGACCACACAGGACGCAAACCGGCCUACAUUGCUUCUCUGAUUAUCUUCAGCGCGUUUGCGGGAGGAUGUGGUGCAGCUCAGACUAUGGUUCAACUAAUAGUCUGUCGCGUGUUCCAAGGCCUCGGAGCUGGAGGUGUCUAUGCAGUAGCCAUAGUUAUGCUCUACGAGUUGAAGCCACCUCAUAAGCUCGCCCAAAUAACGUCUGUGUCAGCUGGUGCAGCCGCGCUUGGAAAUGCCCUGGGGCCUAUCUUUGGCGGCUUGAUAUCUCAGGGGUCAACAUGGCGAUGGGUAUUUCUCCUCAAUGUUCCGUCAGGAAUUCUCGUAGCAGCCAUGGUUUUCUUCGUAGUGCCGAGAGAUUACCCAUAUCAGGGUCUCCCGCGAAGGAAGCCACAGCUCAAAUUCAAGACUCUUGACUUCACUGGGGCGUUUCUCAUGCUUACAGCAUUAAUACUGCUUAUCAGUGGGCUUGAACAAGCUGCUUCGCUGUUAUUCUGGGCAUCUGCUACCGUCAUUAUUCCGAUUUGUGUUUCGGUUGUCAUAUGGAUGGCAUUCUUCGCCAGCCAGUGGUACUUUACCCGCCCCGCGAGUCCGGUAGAACCCAUCUUCCCUUGGAGGUUCUGUCAAAGUCGAGGGAUAAUUGGCCUUCUGGUGAAUUCUUUCACGACCGGAUCGGUCAGUAUAACGUGCACUAUCCAACUUCCUAUCCGGUAUCAGACAACAGUAGGAGCUGAUCCACUCCAAGCUGGCAUAAAGUUACUGCCAUUUGUAUUAUGUGGACCUCUCGGUGCUAUUCUUACUGCGUCUAUCUCUAAGAACCGACGCGUCCCCCCACAACACUUAGCUCUCGUCGCCUCAAUCUUACAGAUGUUGGGGCUUAUUUUCAUCUCCCAAGGCCCUGUUGAUAAUCCAGACUGGACACCUCUGUAUGGACUCGAAGUUCUAGUUGGUUUAGGGAUGGGCAUGGGUAUAGGGAUAGUAACAUUGCUAACACCUUAUAUGGUAGAAAAAAGGGAUUUAGCGGUCGCAUCUGCAGCUGGAACUCAAUUUCGCUUCCUCGGCAGCGCUUUUGUAGUCCCCAUCACCACUGCGGUGGGUAAUGGGUGGGUAAAAGAUCAACUAUCCAGCUCGCUGACAUCCUCUCAAAUCGACCGAAUCUUUCAAUCGACGGCAUCUAUCUACGAACUUCCAAAACCGUUACAACCUAGCAUUAGAAGUAUAUUUGUCAGGGGAUUUAAUCUCGAAAUGCAUGUUGUGCUUGGAUUCGCAGUUGCAUCCGUGCUUAGUAUAGCAUUGAUGUGGCGAAGGAAUCCAAUUAGGGUUGAAUGAUCCCAAUUUCUUUGAACUAUCCGAGUGUCAGUUUCCUGAGGUAUCACGGAUCAUGAAUCUGGUUAUUCUAUUCAUUCUGUUCGUGCUG